UGAAGCUUUUCCUAAACAGGAGGAGGGAACAUGGGGAUCGUGAGUGCUAUUACUCGCAGCUGGGGCUAGUAGAGGCCAGUUUAAAUAGUGCUGUGCUGGGAGGAAAGGAAGUAUUUCUCUUUUCAGAAUGCAGUCUGCAGUGGUGCGAGGGUGCUUGGUGCUCAGUAUCUGGCUGAUCUCUGCUGUCCAGGCAGAAAAACGCUUCAAAGAUAUGGCAGAGUUCGGAAGGACUGGCCACAACUACCACAUACGUGGCUGGUCCCCAGACAGCAGCUCUUGGGAUGAGAAGCUUUAUCCUGCCUGGAAAUCUGGGGAUCCCAGAUGGGAGAACUGCUGGAGAGGUGGCAAAGUAGUGGCGCUGUUGACCAGUGACAGUCCUGCACUGAUAGGGUCAAAUGUUAAAUUUGCUGUGACUCUGCAGUUUCCCAGAUGUCAAAAAGAGAAUGAAGAUGGGGCUAUAGUUUAUGAACGAGGGUGUGGAAAUGUUACCUUUAGUGAUCAGGAUCAGUAUGUCUAUAACUGGACCAAAUGGAUACCCUUCUGUAAUGAAGGAAACUGCAGUUUUCCCAACAAGUUUCCAGAUGGAAGACCAUUCCCUCACCACCAUGAGUGGAGGCGCCAUAACUUCAUCUAUGUUUUCCAAACACUGGGUCAAUACUAUCAGACAACUGGAAAAUCUACGGCUGUACUCUCAAUUAAUAAUCAAAUUCCAUUCUAUGUGAACAUAUCCCAGGAACAUGACAAGAAUUCCUCUGACCACAUCUUCAUCAAAGAUUCUCCAAUUGCAUUUGAUGUUAAAAUUCAUGACCCAAGUCACUACCUCAUGACAUCUACAUUUUCUUUCAACUGGAGCUAUGGUGAUGGCAGUGGAUCCUUUGUUUCCAAUAACUCGGUCUCCACUCAUACUUACACCUUGUCUGGAUACUUCAGCUUGAACCUAACCAUCAAAGCUGCCAUUCCAGGACCCUGUAAACCAGUUACACCUACUCCCCUUCCUACAACACAGGCACCAACUACUCAGUUGCCAACAACCACCAUGCCUCAUACCACUGCAAAUACAACCGGAAACUCUGCUGAAUUGCCACCCUUUGAAACGGAAACCUUUCCACUAACUACAGAAGAAGAUAAUGCUACUACCAAUGCUAUCCCUACUACCCAUACUAUCGCCCCAACCUAUACAACUACAGUGCCCACUACCCCUGUUCCUGGAUGCUUUAACUACAGAUAUGGCUACUACAACACCAAAAUUACAGUUACAGAUGGCAUCUUAAGUGUGAAUAUUAUUGAAAUGAACACUAUCAAAGUGUCCUCCCAAGCUGAAAACGCUUUAAUUGAUUUUGUGGUGUCUUGUGAAGGCAGCUUGCCUACAGAUGCUUGCACAAUUGUUUCAGAUGCUUCUUGCAUGAUUCCUCAGAACAUGGUAUGUGAUGAGGUCCCAGCUUCAGACCAGUGUCUACUGACCCUACGAAGAACAUUUGCAGAGCCAGGAUCAUACUGUGUCAAUAUUACACUAAGUGAUGAUGCAAGUCUAGCUCUUGCUAGUACCCUGGUCUUUGUAGAUGGUGGCUCCGGAACAAAGACUAUCGGUUGUCUUUAG